AUGAUCUCCAAUGCGUUGCUGGCUAUGGGCACUGUGGGCAGCGAGGAGCUGUACUACUGGCUGACUUACCAAUGCCCAUGUGCAUCAAUCCAAAACUAUUGGUACGGGCUGAUGACCAUCGUGUUGCCUACCCUGGUUCUCUUCAUCUUCAGCAUCAUCCUCAACAAUAAAACCUGGAGUAUGGGGGCCAACUGCCAUUCCCACAAGCCCAGUUACACUUUACAGCUCCUGUUCUCUAUUGUGGGCAAGGCAGCCAUGGUCCCGGUCAUCUGGUCUAUCAUCAUGCUGCUGCACGGUGAAGCCUACAUCUGUGCAUUCAGCGAGUUUGUGGACCCGACCUCAUUCUCAGCCGGGAAAGAAAAAUUUCCUGUCACCAAAGCCACCCAGUUCCUGGCCAGGUUCCCUUGCAUGAACAAUUCUGACCCUCUGUUUGUCUUCUGGGAAGAGGUCAGAUACAAGCUCCUGCGUGAGUCUCAGCUUUUAGGGGUGCUGCUCAUCAGCAUUGUGGCCAUCCUGAUGUUUCUGGCCAAAAGCCACCAAUACUGCUGCUUAGAAAACAACUAUAAACACCACUACAGUGCCAGUAAAGAAUGGAAGGCAAUCAAGAUGAAAGAGCGUUUGAAAGCGGCCAACAGCGUGGAAUUCGAGUACGACUUUGUGGUGCUCAACGAGAAGGAUGAGAAUAUGAAAAAAAAAUGCCUACUGGCCAGGCAUGUAAUGCCCAACACAACCUCUCAAUUGCGAGUCGACCUGGUCCUGCUUCUCAGCUGA